UUUGUUCUGAAUAUUUGCAGGAGCUUUUUUGUUUUUUUUUCUGUUUAGUUUGAAUAUUAAUCAUGGCGUAUAAGAGUGAUAUUGAGUCGUCGCAAGAGAAUGAGGGUGGCCAAGCACAGCAGCAACCGCAGCAGGUUCAGGGACAGCAACCCGCGAAUAUUGAACCCAGUGACCCGAACUCGGACCAGUUGUCUCAGGUCAGCGAUGUGGAGUCUCUGGGGAUGGACAUUGUGUACGACUUGGACAAUGUCAACUUUUCCUUGUUUCUGGCCUCCGAUUCCGACGGCGAAUUUGCUGGCAGAUCUCCGAGUCAUCCUUCAUUGUCGAGGAACAACAGCCAAUCUUCUAUUUCGGGGUCUCUUCGACACGUUGCUGUGAGUACGGUUACGGAGUACUUUUCUUUGAGUGACGAUGCUUUGGAGCAACCAAUGUCGAAUUGA